CUCAUAAGCAACUGUUGCAAACAAUCCAUAAUCAUACGCAAGAAUGUUUUGUGAAAAUAAUCUCGGCAAAGAUUAUUUCAACAUAUCUAAACACGAACUACGAUUGCGUGUUUGUAACAACGAAAGAGAUCUUGGCAAAAGUUUACGUAGCUUGGCUGAAUAUCUUAUCCACGUGUAUAUCGGCAUAAGUCAAAAGACCAUGAUGAAUCAUCCACUUGUGAAUACAAGUAGAAUUGAGAAAUUUCAAGAUUUAUGUAACGAAGAUAUUGUAGGCAGAAAUUUUCCCAUCACUGACGUCAUAAAUGAAUUUUAUUCUUUUUUUAAGCUGUACCAUGUAAUUGUAAAUAGUUCGAACACCUAUUCAAAUAUCAGAAAGUACUAUCUGCCGAUUUUUAUUAUUCUCGGUCUUUUAGGAAACUGUUUGUCUGCUAUUGUACUCUUCCGUAAAAAGAUGCGUUUUUUUUCAUCCAACAUUUACUUGGGUGUGUUAGCAAUGAGCGACAUCGUCUAUUUGAUGAUAUUACUCAUUAAUUGGCUCCAAAUAAUGGAUAUAAAACUAAUAACAAAUUAUUUGUAUUACUUAAUUUUCUUCAAGGACUUUCUGUUCUUCUUUUCCGAGUUUUUGAGUGUGUGGCUUAUAGUAGCCUUUACCAUCGAGAGAUUUAUAGUGACAAAGUAUCCGCUUCUACGUCGAUCCUGGUGCACUGUCAAACGAGCAAAAAUUGUAGUAAUCACGCUGAUGGGACUAGCGAUGUUACGCAGCAUUCUAUAUACUUUUUAUUUGUAUAGGACCAUGCUCUAUAAAAUGUUUAAAAAAAGCAGCAAUAUGUAUGAUGUGUACAAAUAUAUAAAACUUGACAGACAGUAUGGAUUUACAUACACAAAGCGUAUUAUAGAUUCUAUUAUAAUAUUUAUUUUACCUGCUGUCGCGAUAGUAAUCUGCAAUACUUUGAUAGGAUACCACAUUUACCAGCAAAAUCGUGUUCGCAAAACCUUGAUUACAACGUCCGAUUCUUCUAAUAAGAGGACUCAGAUUUCUAGUGAUAAAAUGCUUCAGCAUAAAAUCACAAAAAUGCUUAUUCUUGUUACGAGCGUAUUUCUAAUUUUGAAAUUACCUGUACAUUAUACUCUCCACCAUUCUUUUCACUUACGUGAAUAUGCCAAUAUGUUUUUUUUGGUAACAAUAUUCGACUUAUUAGACACAGCACAUUACAGUAUAAAUUUUGUUCUCUACUGCGCAACGGGACAAACUUUUCGCAGAGAACUAAUCCGUAUGUUUACGAAACGUACAAAUAAGAAAGAACAAAAAUAUUAUGGGGAUGUAUAAUUAGAAGAAACAGUAUGAUUAAUGCCCAAUUAUGCAGUCAUAAUAAGGUAAUACCAUAAUUAAAGGCG